AUGGGGAUGGCCCUGGAGGAAGCACUGAGUCUGCAGACCUCUCCAUCGUCUCCACCAGCAGCAUUUGGGAGCCCAGAAGGAGCGGGGGGCCUCCUAAGGAAGCAGGAGCUGGUCACCCAGAACGAAUUACUGAAACAGCAGGUGAAGAUCUUUGAGGAGGACUUCCAGAGGGAGCGCAGCGAUCGAGAGCGCAUGAAUGAGGAGAAGGAAGAGCUGAAGAAGCAGGUGGAGAAACUGCAGGCCCAGGUCACCCUAUCGAAUGCCCAGAUAAAAGCGUUCAAAGACGAGGAGAAGGCCAAAGAAGCCCUCAAACAGCAGAAGAGAAAAGCAAAGGUGAGGCUUGAGGGAGGAAGCAGCACUGCCUCAUCUUCCUUCUUCAGAGAGCUACAGUCUCAUGGGAGAGAUAGUGUUUGCUCAGAUGUCCCACACUCUGUGGCAUCUGACUAAUGAGUUGUGAGUACAGGUAUGGCACUUAGAACCAUACUUGGCACAGAGGGAGUGCUCAGGACAUGUUAAUUGUCAUCGUUGAUAUUCAUUGCCUGUGUACCAGCCUUCCCUGCCUGUUAUCAGCCUCCCGUGCCCAUGAACCAGGCUUCCCUACCCAUGUACCCAGCCUUCUGUGCCUG